UGUGUGUGCUACUUUGUGUGCAGUGGACUGGGGGCCACACCACAGUCAAUGAGUAAACGUGCAAACGUAAAUAAGUACUGGAGUACCUAAUAGGUACUAGGUAAGUACUUUGGUAAAUUGUCGCGUUGUUGUGUUGUUGAGAGACUCGAAGAGGCGAAGAAGAAAAACAUGGCGUCGUCGACGCUGCCACCCUGCCAAUCGCCCGAACCCAAGGACUCAAAAAUUUCAAAAGUAGCAGACAUGCCAGUAGAACAUGAUAAACAGAAGCAUAACUGCCUACUUUGCAAUGGCAAAUUAGGAGCUACAUCUAGAAGUGUCGUCAGUAUUUUUGGAGAAAAUGCUCUUACAACUUCAGAAAAUUUUAUUGUUGACGUUCUCUUCUUCAUAUUGCAACAACCUAUCAAAGAAAAUUCUCAUUCAUCGGUGAUAUGUAAAAAAUGUUUAAAGCUAGUGAAUGAAGUUGAUGAAUUAAACACCAGGUUGAAGAAGUUAAAACAAGGAAUUUGUGAUUCUUUUAAGAAAACUUUAGACAGAGUAUCAAAUGUUAAUACACCAAAUGAAUCUGUAGAUCACGAUUACAUUGAAAAUGUGGAAAAUUUCGAAACAGUGCCAAUUGUCAAACUGAAAAAUCUUACAGAAAUGAAAAAAAAAGAAAACAGCUUAAACAUUUCAGAAACGUGCAAGGAUAAGGAAUCUAAAGUAAAUAAAGCAGUAAAAAAGAAAAAAGAUAAACACUGUGGUAAUCACGUAGAUUCUAGUGAUAAUAAUGACAAUGAUACCCACAAUGAUGACAAUGAAGAAAAUGUCGAAGAUAAUGAUGAUGUAGAUUUUUAUAAUGGUAAAGCAGGUAUCGAAGAAGUUUUGGUGGAAGAAAAAAAUAUUAAGAAAUUGAUCAAAAGUGAGAAAAAGGAAAACGUUGUAGAGUUGGCUGUGAAAUUAGAAGACGGUUACAAAUGUAACAAGUGCACGAGUGAUGAAAAAAAAGAUGCUAAGGAAAUAAUUACCCAUUUGAAAAAUGAACAUGACGCUCGGCUGUACAUAUGUGAUGUUUGCGGAGAAAUGUUUACCAAGAGAACUAAUUUAUCAAAACAUUUUGAUGAACACUGCGCAAAUGAAUCAGGUGAUUUCCAGUGUGAAGUGUGCAAUCGAAUAUUCAACAAUCUGAGGCUCUUCCGAAUACACAAACGCAUCCAUUAUCCUCAGAUAAAAUCCUGGUCGUGUGAUAUUUGCGGCAAACGCUAUAGUUCUAAAAAUUUACUUGAUGAACACAUGAAUAUUCACACUGGAAACCGCCCAUAUGUUUGUCAUGUAUGUAAUAAAGAUUUCACGUCCAAAUACACACACCGUGCACAUGUCAAGACUCAUGAAAUUAGGCCAAGGCCCUACACAUGCUCUAAAUGCCCUAAAACUUUCCUUAGUCAACAAAAUUUAUCUCAGCAUUUAAAAACGCAUAACGGCAUCAAGGAUUUCGUUUGUUCAACCUGUGGAAAAGCAUUUGGUUCAGCACACAAUUUAGAAGUUCACAAUAUCGUUCACACCGGGUACAAACCAUUCAUUUGUCGUACGUGUGGCAAAGCAUUUGCGCGCAAAGCAGAGAUUCGCGAUCAUGAAAGAACCCAUACAGGCGAAAAGCCAUAUCAGUGUGAAUUUUGUGGUGCCACCUUCAGCCAGAGAUCAAAUUUGCAAUCUCACAAAAGAGCAACGCACUACAACGACAAAAGGUAUAAGUGUGACGACUGUGGAAAAGGUUUCAAAAGAAGAAGACUAUUAGAUUACCAUAUUAAGGCUGCACAUACCGGCGAACGACCCUACAAAUGUCCAACGUGCUCGGCAACAUUUGUUUACCCUGAGCACUUUAAGAAGCACAUGCGCAUUCAUACAGGGGAAAAGCCUUUUUUAUGCGAGGUUUGUGGAAAAGCCUUCAACAGUCGGGAUAAUCGAAAUGCUCACAGGUUUAUUCAUAGUGAUAAAAAGCCUUAUGAAUGUUUAAUUUGUGGAGCAGGAUUCAUGCGAAAGCCAUUAUUGUAUGCCCACAUGCAAUCACAAGGCCAUUUGAACGAUACUAUUAUUGUUAAUCAACCCAGAUUGACUGCGGAAGAAGAGAUUAUACUUCAGGACAAUAGGAUUCAUUUAGUUAUGCAGGGUGAUGAAAGCCAGCCGAGCGAAAACGCACAUAUGAUUCUUGCUGAACUGAAGGACAAUCAAGUAAUAGUUCAGGAUGGAUAUCGGCAUAAAAUUCUAAAUUUUGCAGGAACGAGUAUUAAUCGUGACCAGCUGAAUCACCUUGUUAUUGACGGAGAGAUGUCCUUGGAAGAGGAAGAAGACGAAGACGAAGAAUCCAGUGUGAUGAAGUGCGAAGACGAGGAAGAUGAUCAGAACGUGGAAGAAGUUUAUGGUUACCAGGAUGAUGAAGGCAACACCAUUAUUUUGCCACGGGGUACCGACAUCAAACAGCUUCUCACACAGGAAAAUAAGGGGUUACAAUUGGUACAGAUUCGCGUACCGAGUGGAAGUAACAUCGAGGACAGGGACGAUCUACAAAGUUCUUGAGUGUAAAAAAGGGAAGCCAGUCUACUACACCGUGUUUUGUAGUCUCGCAGAUAUUUUUGACUCUGUACAUAUAUAUAUUUUUUUGAAUGUUAUCAUUGCAACAAUUAUUACAAUGCUUUUUAGAUACUUACACUUGUCAACCAGACAAAAGAGCGU